CACCUCAUUCAUUCCGUAUGUUUCGGGCUCAGAGGCCCAUUUGGCGUGGUUCCGAACUAAUAUCCAGGUGUCGACCAGCGUUGCAGGCGUCCUAUCUAACACAUACUUGCACCCACCACCCCUAUCCGGUGCACUCCCAUUCAUUUUUCAUUUAGGCAUUCUGAUGCGGCUGCCAUGACGGCCCUGUCCAUCCUUCCUUAUGAAUGAAUCAAGCCUGUGCUCCUUGAUAGCACCGUUGGCCAUCUUCGUGGCAUCAUCAUGAGUCCGGUCGGGACGGUGUUGCGACCCCAUGACCUGGUGGCGAUAGAACACCCCAGACCUCAUCUCAUAUCGCUUUCUCAAGUCACUGGCAUUACAUGGCCUACUGUCACAUAUGUGCAGUCUGGAUCCCUGGGUUUCCUCCACUCACUCGAUUCCAUGUUUCCCUUUUCUGAAUGGUCGACUUUUCUGCCGGGCUAUCCUAUUUCCCGGAAAGACCACUGAAUUACCCCUUUCGACCAGAUAGCCCCCAUCCCACCCAUACGCAGCCCACACGGCACGAAUGCUCCGAUUCAGCGUCUCCACUCUCCCUUACCGUGGUCAUGUCUACCUACUUCGAUUCUCAACGCUAUCCUUUCAUCUCCGUUUUUUGGCCCUCAGUUCUGCGGUUGGCCGACAUAGCCCGGGUGAUCAUCUUGGCAGUGGCGCCCGCCGUUGGCACUGAGCACACGUACACGUGGUACCGAGCGAUCAAACCUUACCUUGUUUCUUGUGCGGACGUUGCCGAGGCGCGCGAGUUGUCGGCGGACCAAGGGCGUGUACAUAUGUGUGCGCCCCACUCGAUUCUUGAGGCAGGAGUUAUCCAAGGAGUCAGAGGGUCGGAGCGGGCAGAAUCUGUGCCUGGCAGUAGCCCCUCUUUCGUGUCUCGAUUCCAAGACCGAUGGGAUUGUCCAUCAAUCGAAUUCGAUCACGGUUAUCAGACAGACAGGUCUUCAAGGAUCGAGAUGGAGAGAUGUCGCGGCCCUCGCGCAGGUGUCGGUGUGAACGCGGCGUGUGAACGGGAUCUUACGAUGAUUCUGCAGAUCGAAUCUUUUCGUCAGAGGGACCACUCUGGCGUGUGUGCCGGUGAAUAUUCAGACUCACGAAGGUCGACGGGUGCCACUGACGGGGAGUGGAGCUUGAUAGCGAUCGCAAUGGAAUCCUGCACGUUCAGGCUCGUCAGGGUCGACGGGGUAUCCCUGAUGGGGACGGGACUUGGUGGCGAUCGUGAUGGGUCCUUAAGCGAGGGGAAGGAGGGGGAGCAACGAAGAGGGGGCCGUGGAGGAGAUCAUAAGUAUGUAAGCACUGGAUUUGAAACAAAAGAUGCGUUAUAAUGCCUGAAGGCGCGAACCGUGAUCCUGUUGAAGCGUUGAUCGCGGCGGCCGUCCAACGUAUCGAAUCCUGAUAACGAAUAGAAGUUCAGAUGACUUUAAUACAACAAUAUACAUAUGUAUGUGUGACUUGACGCCAUAGGGGAUUUAGCCCCUGGGUAGUUACGGACGGCCGC